AUGUACGCUCCAGAUCAUCUUAGAAGAAAAGAAGUCCGAGAUGUUAUGUACCGAAGCAAUUCGAGUCUUGACUUGAUAUACACCGAGCAUCCAUCGGGAAACGGUUUACGCCGAGAAUAUGGAAGUCAUGGAUCAAUUGACGUAAUAGGUGGAACCGGUGAUCGACUGCCAGCUAUGGUGCAUAAUUACAGCGGUGUAUCGACUCCUGACAAGCCUCCAGGGUUGGGUCGCGCAUCUGAUCGUUUGGCCGAAGUGUUGGCUGGCGACCAUGCUGAUGGACCUCCUCCAAGGUCUAGUGUUAGCCCUAAACCACGUUUAAAGUUGAAUAAACUAUGGGGUGGAGCAGCACCUGUGAUACCACGUCAACAUCUAGAUGAUGGUGCUAUUAACUCGUCUGUUCCUGAAGAAACUAAAAGAAAACAGUUUGCUCAUUAUGAUUGUCAAUCUCUAAUGGCUAAUUUAAGUUAUGCAGCAGAAAUUCGUGGAGCAUUAUUGAGCAGACGCCGCAAUACAACAACUGGAGCAUCUGCCGCAUCACUAUUGGCAACACGUGGAUUACCCCCUGGAGAAGAUGCUAUUCCAGAUACUGGAGAUGGAAGAUCCAAUGAGCUGUUGGAAAGUUGUCCUUUUUUUAGAAAUGAAUUAGGGGGAGAAGAAGAGCGUUGCAUUUCACUAUGCUCACGAACUGCCCGUGGUGCCAUACCUGGUCAAUAUGGAGGAUGGCAUAGGCCACGUGCAGCAUACGGCUUUUCAGUAUUAGAAUUCCCUCCAGGACAUACACAUUGGCGACAAGGUUGUCCAUUUGCACGAGCUCUCGCACCAUUGCCUGUUGAAAGCCAAGAUCUUGGAGCAUUGUAUUAUAGGAAUUAUUUUUACACCCAACCACAUCAAAAUUGGUUUGGAAUGGAUGAGAAUCUAGGUCCUGUAGCAAUUUCGAUUAAAAAAGAACGCGUGGAAUUACGUCGUGGUGGUGGAGAUGCAUCAGCGCCCGCAUCACAGUUAGCAUGGCAGUAUCGUAUUAUUGUGCGUACCGCUGAAUUGUUAACGUUACGUGGCUCAGUUCUAGAAGAUGCUAUACUCACUGCCAAACCUAGCAACAACAGUGCUACAUACAAUACCAAAGAUGUCAUGGAUUAUGUCGCGCCAGAAAUACAACUUAGCUGUUUAAGACUAGGAAUUACAAAUAGUGGUGCAGAAGAACAAUUAUUACGUUUGGAUGAACAAUGUGUGACCAGACAUUACAAAGUUGGAGUUAUGUAUUGCAAGAGUGGACAAUCCACCGAAGAGGAGAUGUAUAACAAUCAGGAAGCUGGCCCAGCUUUUGUAGAGUUCCUCCAAAUGCUGGGACAGACUGUUAGAUUAAAAGAUUUUGAUAAGUAUAAAGCAGGACUAGACAAUCGGACUGAUUCUACAGGUCUCUACUCUGUUUACACAACAUACCAAGGCUGUGAAAUUAUGUUUCAUGUGUCUACAAUGCUUCCCUACACACCUAACAACAGGCAACAGUUAUUAAGAAAACGACACAUCGGAAAUGAUAUAGUAACAAUAGUCUUCCAGGAACCUGGUGCUGCUCCAUUCACACCUAGAAAUAUUCGAUCUCAGUUUCAACAUGUUUUUGUAGUUGUAAGAGUUAUCGAUCCAUGUACUGAAAAUACACAUUAUAGUAUAGCUGUGAGUCGUGCGAAAGAAGUGCCUUUAUUUGGACCUCCAAUCAAAGAUGGUGCUGUGUAUCCUAAGGGUGAUGCUUUUACUGAUUUGCUUCUAAGUAAGGUAAUAAAUGGAGAGAAUGCUGCUAUACAAUCGCCUAAAUUCAGCACAAUGGCAACGCGCACACGUCAAGAGUACCUGAAAGAUUUAGCCAAGAACUAUGUUACGGCUACAACUGUCGAAACUGGACAAAAGUUCUCCAUCUUCUCAUCAUUGCUAAUGAAAAGUGGAAAUAAUUCAAAUAGCAACACAGUUAUUUCUCGCGUCGACAAUUGCACUAAUGAUGUGCUAGUUGGAGGUGCUUUGUGCUUUCAUGUACAAGUGCAGGAUGAAGGUGCCGGUGGUUCUUUGCUCGACUGCAUAAUGGGCGUAUCUGCUGACAGCAUAGUGUUCAUUGAAGACAGUUCAAGGCAGAUUAUUUUAGUCCUACCGACCAAUACUCUACUUGGGUGGGUGGUGAGCGGCGGCUGGAGCCGCAUAUUCUACCACCGCGGGGAGAGCGUGCGCGUGCGCGGCGCGGCCGAGCCGCUGCUGCGCCGCCUGGCCAGCGUGGCGCCACCGCAUGCGCACGCUCUGCACGAGAUCACGCUCGAGCGCGGUCAGGCUGCGCAGCUCGGGUUCCACGUGCAGCCGGACGGGCUGGUGACGGCGGUGGAGGGCGGCGGCUGCGCGGCGCGCGCGGGCGUGCGGCGCGGCGCGCGCCUGCUGGAGGUGUGCCGCGCCGCCGUCGUCGCGCUGCACCACGACCAGCUCGUCGACCUGCUCAAGACCUCCGACCCCGUCACCGUGACAGUGACCUUCGCGUCGAGCACGCGUUGCGGUUGCGAGGCGAUGGGAGAGGAGUGGGCGGCUGCCACGGCGCGUGCGGACGCGCAGCAGCCCGGCCGCGCGCGCCGCGCCGACCGCCACUCGCCGCCGCGCUCCGACAGCUCGGGCUAUGGCACCGGUGGGUCGGGGCGCAGCGUGCGGCGGUCGCCGCAGACGUCGCCGGUGUCGGAGGGCGUGCGGCGCGCCGAGCCGCGGCACGCCCGUCGCCCGCGCUCGUCUCCCGCCGCCCCUGCCGCCCCCUCUGCUCCCGCAACUCCCUCUGGCAAAUCGCUUACGGAAGAGCUCAUGCGUAUAAUGGACGCGGAGCUUGGUGAAGGGGGAUCCCGCGGUCCGCCACUGCCGCUGCCCGACGCGACCGCACUGGACUGGGCCACGCUCGUGCACACGGCCACCACGGCCAUGCUCCAGAUAUGUGAAGAACAUCAGUAUCCGUCAAUAGACAACAUAGAAUCGCCGUUGGACGCAUCUACUAAUGAACCCUUACAAGACUCUUGGCCCGAAGGACCAAUGUCAGAGACGUCAACGUCGAUAUCAACGGUGAUGUCUAACAGUCCCAGUGGCAUGUCGAGUGGGGCGGCGAGUACUGUGGCGGGCGGGGCGACGAACGGGGCGGGCGGCGGGGCGUCGUGCGCCUGCGGACUCGCCGCGCGGGUGGCCGUGUUAGAAGCGGACGCCGCUUGCGCUCAGCGACAGAACAACCAGCUGGAAGAGGAGGUACGUCGCUUAAGACGUCACAACGCGCGGUUACGUGAAGAGUCUGCAAGGGCAGUGUGGCAGCUCAGACAUUUUACGCAGUGGCUGAAGCGAACCGUCGACAGGCAGUGA